AUGCAAGGAGCUGCAACACCAAACGAAGAAAUGAAACCCACACUAGCUCGCCCACAAAGCACUGAAAAGUGCCCUCGCUGUGAGUCUCUCAACACCAAAUUUUGUUAUUACAAUAACUACAGCCUUUCCCAACCUCGUUACUUUUGUAAGUCUUGCCGGAGGUACUGGACUAAAGGUGGCACUCUACGUAACGUCCCCGUCGGCGGCGGCUGUAGAAAGGCCAAGCGCCAAAAACCAGUGCCCUCUUUUUCUUCUUCUUCCGCCGCCGCCAUUCAGUCUUCACAGGAGACCCAAAACGCGCCGCCGUCUUUGGAGGUGGAAACUGUCGGAGUUUUCGAGAAUUCUUGUUAUUUGGGUGGUGGGUAUUUUCCGUCGUCGGAAGCGAUUCAUCAGUCGGCUAUGGAUCCGCGGGUUUACUCGUUUGGAUUACCGGAGCAAAGUUGGGUUCAUCGGAGUUUCAGUGGUGAUGAUCAUAACAAAGAAUCAAGCACCCAUCCUCCUUGA